ACAGAGUUUACCUUAAAGCAAUUAUAAUAAGACAAUGGUGGAAAAAAGGAGGAAGGGUUUUGCUUAAAAUACUCAAAAGAUUUCUGUUUUAUUUGUGAUUCAAUUCAAUUGAAAAAAUAAAAUAUAUUGAUUUCAUUUUCAUCUUCUUCUUCUUCUUCUUCUUCCUUCCCCUCUGUUUUGAGCUAUCGCCAUCAUUGGCCAUUUUCUACAGCUUUACUUUCUGUAAUCUCCUUCUUCUUCUCUUGAUUCUGCCCAAUCAAUCUCUUUCUUUCCCUAACCUUCGUCUGGGUUUUUGAGAAAAACUAAAGAGGGCUCGGAAAACUUUGUACCCACUUCCAAAUUUUCGAUUUUCGAUCUCGCUUCACUGUUCUUUCUCUUUUUCUGUAAGAUUUCAACGAACCCCUUUUUCUUUUCUUUCUUUCGCUAUGACUGUGGAGGGUCAUUCUGUUGCUGUAGUCGGUGAUGAUGGGGCUACUGAUCAUUUUCCUGUUGGGAUGCGUGUUCUUGCUGUUGACGACGACCCUAUUUGUCUCAAAGUACUCGAAUCUCUCCUCCGUAAAUGCCAAUAUCAUGUUACAACGACGAAGCAGUCCAUUGAGGCUUUGAGGAUGUUGAGAGAAAAUAGGAACAAAUUUGACUUGGUUAUCAGUGAUGUGAACAUGCCUGAUAUGGAUGGUUUCAAGCUUCUUGAGUUGGUGGGGCUUGAAAUGGACCUACCUGUAAUCAUGUUAUCAGCACAUAGUGAUACUGAGCUCGUUAUGAAGGGGAUUGCACACGGUGCUUGUGACUAUCUGUUGAAACCAGUUCGAAUUGAGGAGUUGAAAAACAUUUGGCAGCACGUGAUUCGGAGAAAGAAGCUUGAACCAAAGGCGAAAAACAAGUUCCCUAGUCAAAAUAAGGUUCAAAAUGGAGGUAAUGAAGUUGAACAAGGUUUCUCACCAACCAGUAAUGCAGACAGCGCAAAAUUCAACAGGAAACGGAAGGACCAAGAUGAUGAUGAUGACGACGAAGGAAAAGAGAAUGGGCUUGAUAGUGACGACCCCUCGAACCAGAAGAAGCCUAGGGUAGUAUGGUCAGUUGAGUUGCAUCGGAAGUUCGUUUCAGCGGUUAAUCAGUUGGGUCUUGAAAAGGCCGUGCCGAAAAAAAUCCUGGAUCUGAUGAAUGUUGAAGGACUUACCCGAGAAAAUGUGGCAAGUCAUUUGCAGAAAUAUAGGCUUUAUCUGAAAAGAAUCAGCAAUGUGGCAUCCCAACAAGCUAACAUGGUUGCUACAUUUGGGAGCAAAGAUGGCACUUACAUGCGAAUGGGUUCACUUGAUGGAUAUGGAGAUUUACACGGCUUUGCAGGAUCAGGGCGGCUUCCAAACUCUUCAUUAUCCUCUUAUUCACCUGUUGGAAUGCUUGGAAGAUUGAACUCCCCGGCUGGAAUGAGCCUGCGUGGAAUCACUUCAUCUGGACUGAUCCAGCAAAACUCCCAAAAUUUGAACUGCGCCAUUAAUAACCUUGGCAAACUCCAACCAACUACAAUGUUGUCUCCUAACCAAACUACUAAUCUGCUGCAAGGAAUUCCAACAUCACUUGAGAUCGGCCAAUUGCAACACAGCAAGUCCACCACUUCCAUUGGAGACUUCAAUACAAUGAAUGAUACUUCCGGGUUUGGAGUUCCCAACAGUUUUCCUGAAACUAGAGCAAAUAUUGGAAAUUCAACCUAUUCGGUUUCUCCUGCUCCAUUGAUGUUACAAGGAACGAUACCAACAUAUGGAAAUCAAACCUCCCUUAGAGUUGAUCCGCUAAAUGGAGAAACUUUUGACAUAGACGUUGGUGGUUCAAAUUUUUUGGAUCCUGAUCCUUCUAAUGGAAACUGGCAGGGAGCAGCACAUUUGUCUAGAUUCUCAGCAACUUCAUUGACCACCAAUGAAGCUUAUCCGAGUGAUCAAUUGCAUUCAAUGAACUCAGUCAUUUCUUCUACCCCCUCGACGAUUGGGAAUAUCUCAGUUGAUUUUUCCUCUAGAAGUGCAGGUUCAGCUUCCUUACUGGAUUCAAGAGACGUGCAAUGCCAGACAGGGGUAGUUGGCAGUGUUAUUCAAUCUAUGAAUACCAUGCCAAAGCAGAGUUGGGAAGAGCAUAAACAUGACUUCGGUCGGAACGUGCAGCAUAAUCUUGGUGCAAUCAAUUCUCUGGUUGCUAGCGAUGGGAAUCCAACUCCCUUAAACCAGAGUUUCAAUCAGAAUGGUGUCGUACGUGAUAGAAAGGUUGGUUCAUCUUUAAUAGUCCCAUCAAAUGUUGCGUCACUGUCCUUCCCUCAACAUGGUGUGGUUGAAAAAUUGGGUCCUAACACAAAGACGAAUGUGGAUGGAAACUACCUUUUGAAUCAGAUGAAGUCACACGAUGGAUCAAUUCAAGGAAGUUUCGAGUCCUUGGAUGAUAUAAUGAAUUCGAUAAUCAAACGGUAAAUACAAAUACAGAUUGGCUUACUGCAAUCAAGUUUGCCAAACACGGUAAAUGGCUAAAGAUCCCAUGUGAUUUUUUUCUGUAGUGAAAUGAAAAACUGCCAUACCCCAAUGUUCUACGUUUGGAGAUAGCUAAACGUUCCCAUUUGAUUACAAUCAUACCAAGAAAAAGCCGUAAUUAGUUUCAAUCAUCAUAUGCGAAUUAGUUGUCAUCAGAAAAUAUCAUCCAAGCAUUUAAACUUCUUUUGUUUGUUCAAGCAAACUUGUUGUAUGCAUCAUAGACAGAUCAAGUUUCAUGGGCCAGUUCAUCAAAUGCAGUAUUCCUCGAUUUUAGAUAAUGUCAUGCAUUUCUCCUGAUCACUUACAUGGAGAUUUUUCUUGGAUAGAUAUGAUAUCACCAUUAUUUUCCAUUUUAGACCGCUCUUUCUAUCUGUGUUGUGCUUGUGCAUCUUU